AGUACUGUGGGGGAAAACGCGGAAGGCCGUGACGAAUUUCUUGUCACCUCUACUUUUUGAAAAUGUCAAAUUCGGUUAUUUGAAGACAUGGUUACGUAGUCGAAUGGCACGUUCUUUGUAUAGACAUAUCAUUACUGACUCGAAAGUAACACAACAGUGAGAGUGACUGGAGAAAUAAUUAGAUAUCCGUCAAUCAAUUUACACAAAAAUCGCGACCAUCCCCUAACGACUAUAUACACGAGGUUCCUCAAAUAACAUCGCCCAAUAACUUGAACAUAAUUGUUGAAAUAAUUCAUCGCUAUCAGCGGUAAAAGGUCCCUAAAUGUAUACUGAGGUAUGAUAACAGAGGAGCUAGGAUGCCCCCGUUGGUUUGCCUGGGCUCAUGUCGCAACCAGUUCUGAAUCAAACAGCGUCCGAAGAGACAACUUUAGCUGCACGGGGAUACAAAUUGAUAAAAAAACUUGGUGAAGGUUCAUAUGCUAAGGUAGACUAAUUACGUAACAGGACCUAAUGCCCACUAGCUAUCCCCUCGGAGAAUUUAUUUUUGGGAAUCGGGAUAACUUUCAUGGUGUAGUAGUGAAAUUUUUAUAACAGUAAUCAGGAUUGUUGACUAGGUGUACCUCGCGGAAUAUAAGCCUGAUAACGACCCUGACCGAGCAAACACAUUGGCCUGCAAAAUCAUAGACACUGCAAAGGCUCCUAAAGAUUUUGUCAAAAAGUUCCUUCCUCGGGAAUUGGAUAUUUUGGUGAAGUUGAAUCACCCGCACGUCGUUCACGUCCAUAGCAUAUUUCAAAGACGAUCAAAGUACUUUAUAUUCAUGCGAUUUGCUGAAAAUGGAGAUCUUUUAGAUUUUAUACUGAAAAACGGAGCUGUUGCAGAAAGUCAGGCCCGUGUUUGGCUGAGACAACUAGCUCUCGGUCUCCAAUAUUUGCAUGAAAUGGAAAUAGCGCAUCGUGACAUGAAGUGUGAAAACGUAUUGAUCACUUCAAAUUACAACGUAAAAUUAGCCGAUUUCGGCUUCGCACGCUACGUAGUUGAUAAUCGAGGAAAACGCGUAUUGAGUGAUACUUAUUGCGGUUCAUUAUCAUACGCGGCUCCAGAGAUAUUGCGUGGAUCUCCUUACAACCCGAAGAUAGCGGACAUUUGGUCAUUAGGCGUGAUACUUUACAUAUUGCUGAACAAAGCUAUGCCCUUCGAUGACACCAACAUCAAGAGAUUAUAUGAACAACAGACAAACAGGAGGUGGAAAUUUCGCGCCAAAGUAAUCGACAUCCUGAGCGACCACGUUAAAAGGGUGGUUACCAAUUUGCUUGAGCCUGACCUCAGCAAGAGAUGGAAAAUGGACCAGAUUUUACACAGCGAUUGGAUACUCAUGGACCCACGGUUGAUGGUCCUCACACCCGCCGAACAAAGUGCGCUUAAUUCAGCUAUUGAAGAAAGAAAAAGGAACGAGGACAAAGUUAACAGAAGCAACAAAUCGGCCAAAUCAGAGAACAGGGGCAAACCGGAAGUGGAGGAAGAUCGAGGGCGCGGAGCGGAGGAAGUUACUAUCAUCAAAGAUGCCAUCAAGGAUCACAGAGAACGUUUGUCCGAUGUACCUAAACCCUGAUGGAAGUCAUACUGAAUUGAUGCAAAUUAGUGGAUUAUCUGAAUUUACAACAAAACUGACGAAUGAUAGUUUAAUCAUUCGUAUCGAAAUGUAAUCGAAAUUACAUGCAGCUAUGUGUUUCAGAAUUAUAUUUUAUUUUUUUACAAUAAAGUUGACGGUAAGCCCGAAA